CUUCGAUGUAAUAAAUUAAUAUUUUUGUGUGAGUUCAGUGUGCGGAGUUCCAUUUUUGUAUUAUUGAGUUGUAUUUUCUGGAUUCCGGCACCUGCCAGUGUUUGGAUGUGCGCGUCUCUCUCUUCAUUAUUUACUUAUUUUUGUCGCUGCACUCCGGACUGACUCACUAUUGUUUAGACGCCACAGCAGUCUGUCUCUACCUCCACUAUGACCCACGAGGCUUCGACUUUCGAGUUUACAGAAGAUGAUUACUCCCGGAUCCUUUUAAAAGACUCCCUCUUCAAUGAAACGACUACCGGUAAACAUGAUGUGUUGAGUAAGGAGUUGUUGAAACUACAAGAGAGGGAAACCCGCCUUUAUUUGCAUGCAGUGACACUCAGCGAUUAUGUGCGAGUUAAAAGGAUUCCUCGUGGUCUAAGGAUUAAUAAGGGACCGAUAUUAGGUAAAGAUAAUGAAGCCUUCUGUGAUCGCUGGAGCGAGAUUUUGAAUAAAUGCUCAUUUGAUCUUAUGACAUUAACCAUACAAGAACUCUCCUCUAAUCUCGCGGUGCUACGGAGCGAGAUCGCGGAAGUGAAACUGAAAUUGUCCAAGGAAGUCACCGAUCCAGAUAAAUUGAAACGACUUAUGGAGGUAUGUGACAAUAAAAAGACUGAAUUAACUAUGGAGAUCACGGCGGUUAAGCGGAAUAAAUUUGAGAGAGAUACUAUGGAUUAUGAGAAGGGACAUGUAUACCAGUGGAAGAAUCCCGUGCAUAGAGAGCAUUGGGGCUCUAAUAGCGAGAACAGACGCCGACACGUGAGAUCUAACAGAAACUACCAACGUGCUACAUCCGACCAUGAAUAUGAGUCUGAAUCGAGUGUCCAAUCACAGUCCAGUGCUAGUGAACAGCUUUUUUUAGAUCGAGGGCAAAGAGACGCAAUAUUACGCAGCAAAAAAACACAAAGAGGAAGAAAUGCAGGCGGGGGAAGAAAAGCUCCCAUUACAAGGGAUCCUUACCUGACACGCGGGAUGCCGAACAGUCAAAAGUGACACGGAGAUGCAGGAGAGAGACCCAACUAUUACGGAGGCAGGAGACUCACAAGUGGAGCCUUUGAUACGAUCUCCGUUCAGAGGUAAAAGUACAUUUAUCCCCCCUAAUAAGAGAAAUGCAUCUUUGGACACCUACUGCAGACUUGUUGAGAGAGAUGUAACAUGCCUCCUCGAGAAGAAGAAGGAAUUCAAAAUCCAUGAUAACCUCACCAAAGAACAACGAACUGCGUUAAAAGCAUUAAGAGAAGACAAAUCUAUUGUGAUUCAAAGUGCAGAUAAAGGUGGAGCUAUUGUCAUAAUGGACAGAACUGCGUAUGACAGUGAAAUUCAAAGACAAUUAAACAAUACCACGUUUUAUCGAAAAUUGAGUCAUAAUCCUACACAGGAAUUCAAACAGACUAUUCAUAAAAAACUUGAUGUUUUUCUUGAGUCAGGGGACAUUUCUAAACCGGAACACACGUUUAUGACUAUCAAGUUUCCAGUCACACCAGUUUUGUAUACAUUACCGAAGAUUCAUAAAAGUUACAAAGACAUACCGAUGGGCCGCCCAAUUGUGGCCGCUAUAGGUUCUCUCACUGAAAAUAUUUCAGCUUUUGUGGAUUAUUUCUUACAACCUUUGGUGAUAAACUUACCAUCGUACGUGAAAGACUCUAUGGAUUUCUUGAAAUUAUUGAAGUCUAUUGAACUAACGGAUGAACCUUGUUUACUUGUGACCAUGGACAUUGAGUCCUUGUACACCAAUGUACCCUUUGAAGGUGGCCUAAGAGCAUCUGAGUUUUUUCUCAAUUUACGACCAAUUUGCAGACCCAGUACGAGUUGCAUUGUAGAGCUUAUUGAGAUUGUAUUGAAAUCUAAUUUUUUCCUGUCCGGCUCAGAUUAUUAUCUACAGAUAUCAGGCACGAGCAUGGGUUCAAAAAUGGCCCCGAGUUUUGCCUCAUUAUAUUGUGGACACUUUGAACAUCAGGUCAUUUUCAAUGAACAGCGGAAUCCAUUUCUUCACAAGAUCUCUCAUUGGAAGAGAUAUAUAGAUGACAUUUUUUUCAUUUGGAAGGGGUCUGCAGAAGAAUUGAGUGAUUUUCACAACUUUAUUAAUUCUAAUGCACAAUCUCUCAGAUUCACUAUAGAACAGAGUGCACAUGAGAUGAAUUUUCUGGACAUUCUUGUCUACAAGGAAAGGAACACAUUGGGCUCCACACUCUACAGAAAAAGCACAGAUAGGAAUUCGAUCCUACAUGGUGAGUCUUUUCAUCCCAUAACCCUGAAGAGGGGCCUUCCUAUGGCACAAUUUAGUCGUAUACGUCGCAUAUGUAGCAAAGAUCAGGAUUUUCAAGUUCAAGCUACAGAUCUGGAGAAGCGUCUCAAGCAAAGACUAUAUAAACCAGAAUGGAUCGAAGAUGCACGGUGUCGUUAUGAACAGGUCUCUCAGGAUGAAUGUCUUCAACGCACUAAAGUCCAAAAUUCUAUAUCUAAGGUGAACUGUAUUGUACAGUAUUCUCCUAUUGGAAAUCAGAUUUCAGACAUUGUUAAUAAACAUUGGCAUAUUAUACAAUCUGACCCUGGUUUAAAAGUUUUUACAUCGCCCCCCAGAGUAGUCUUCAAGAGACCCCCCAAUCUGCGUAAUGGCUUAGUUCGAGCCCAUCUUCCAUCUUUGACCUCUCCCCACUUUUUACAGGAGGCCCCCCCGGGCAAUUACAGAUGUGGGCGGUGCGCACAGUGUAAUUUCACUUAUAAGACUAAAACUUUCAACCAUCCACACACAGGCAAGUCUUUUGACAUCAAAGGUACUAUCACAUGUCACACAUCUAAUGUGAUUUACAUGUUGAAAUGCCCAUGUGGUCGUGCAUACAUAGGAAAGACUACGAGACCCUUAAAGACUAGAAUUUCUGAACAUCGAUCCAACAUCAGAAAUUGUGAUCCAAAAAGCCCUGUUGCUGUUCAUUUCACUCAAAGCUCACAUAAUUUGGCUUCUCUCAGAUAUUGUGGAAUUGAGGUAGUUAAAACACCUCCAAGAGGGGGUGAUAUUAAUUCCUUACUUUUAAGACGAGAAGCCUUUUGGAUAUACACCUUAGAUACACUCUUUCCAAAAGGAAUGAAUGAGGAGUUUGAUCUGCGACCAUUCCUCUGAGUGAAUGUGUGGACUAUGUGAGGGUCUAAUUGAUUAAUAUAUUUUUUUUGAGACAUGUAUUUGUGGAAUGUUAUUAGUAAAGGACUAUAGUUAUAGAUCCAGGUGAAUAUUUCACUUAUUACUUCUUCAUGGGAGAUGGGGUGCAUGGGUAGGUCUAUCAGUAUUAGAUGGCUCUGGGUAUAUUUAAAUUAUUUGUGAUUUCUUUUGUAUGCUUUAUGAUCUAUAUUUCUGCUUAGGUGAAGAGCUCUCAAAACUACUAUGUGUAUACAUAUAUAUUUGUAGAGAUCUUUGUACACAUGUAUACAUAUAGGUAUCUAUUUAUUCAAUCAUUUUGUGGUUGCUUUGACUUAGCUGGUUUGUAAGAGUGAAGGAUUGCCGUGAUGUACUAGUUUUUAAUCAUUGUUUACAUUGGUAUGAUGGCACAACCUCGAUUUUGACUGUUGUAUGUGGAUGUAUAUACAGAGA